AGAAGAAGUGAAAGAAAUUCAAGUUGUUAAAGAAGUAGAAUUCGUAUAUGAGAAUGAAGAUGCUAUAAUUAGAGAGAAAAUUGAUGCUAUAAUUAGAGAGAAAAUUGAUGCUAUAAUUCAGAAAAACAUAAUGAAUGAAGAAUUAGAAAGUACUGAUAAAGAGGAUAUAAAUGUCACUACUGAGGAGUUAGAUCCACAAAGCUCAUCUGAUUAA